UUGAACAAAACAUGGAAUCUCACAGUGAGCCUUACGACCAACUCUUCAAAAUAGUCUUAAUAGGUGACACAGGAGUUGGCAAAACCUGAAUUGUUAGCCGAUAUAUCAAAGGAGUGUUCCCAAAGAAAAAUUCUGCAACCAUAGGAGUUGAAUUUGCUGCUAAAUAACUUAAGACUCAAAAGCGGCCUAAGAGUAAAAGCACAAAUUUGGGAUACUGCAGGGCAGGAAAGAUACCUUGCAAUAACAACUGCGCAUUAUCGAAGAGCAAUAGGAGCCCUAGUAGUUUAUGACAUCUGAAAAAGAGAGUCUUUUUUGAACUGAGAAAAAUGGAUUAACGAUAUGAAAUCUCAGGCAGACCCAGAAAUCACCAUAAUGCUUGUAGGAAAUAAGGUUGAUUCUGCUACUGAAGAGACAAGACAAGUACAGAAGCAAGAGGCUGCGGAGUAUGCUUCGAAGAACAAGGUUCUUUUCUGCGAAACUUCAGCAUUAUCAGACAUUAACGUUAAUGGAGCUUUUGAGCAACUUUUAAAUACAAUCGAUGACGUUAAAAUUCAUAAUCCUCAAAACAAUAACAGAAUUGGGAUUGGCCUCAAAGGAGUAGAUGCAGAAAAAUUAGAGGAGGAGGAUAAUGGAUGCUCCUGAUAAUCACCAAAUAACUUUACA